CGAAAAUUAUACAGCGCGUGAUUCAGAUCGCAAUUGAGUUCGCCAUUACAUAUUUUACUUUCCGCCAUCUUAUAUAAUGGGGAGCGAACACCUGAGAGAGGAGUUUUGUUUUCCAGCAUCCUACUUCACUUCCUUCUUUACCUGUUUUCUCUUCGGAUACCCCUUUCGAACACACUACUUCAUUAAUUUCAACUUGUUUCAUUCCAUUCCUGUCCUUACCACAAAAAUGCAGUUCUUCAACACCGCAGCCUGUGUGCUCCUCGCUUCCGGAGUCGCGGUCAACGCUCUUCCUAUCACGGAUCAAGCCGCCGCUCUUUCCCCCCGUGCUGGAACGCUUCAAAAUCCCUGGGUCGGAAAGUAGGUCUCUUGUAUUGCGUCUUCUCUUUCUUUUCUAACUUCUCUCAUUAGAGGGUGGAAAUAUCCAGACAUUUUUAUCAAGAACCCAGAUACACUCAAGAAGCUUCAAAACAUAUUCUGGGGUAAACCAAAGGCCCCUAAAAUCGGACCCCUUAAAACCGACGGUCCUCCCAAGGCCCCAACCCCUGUUAAAGGCCCUUAGACACUUCAAACUCGUGAGUCAUUUAUCUCCUUCCCUCCUUCCCCCCUCUCCCCAAUUUCUGUUCGAUUAUAACUUUUCUUAUUAGGCAUGCGCGGCUGGCCGUUGUCGACUGUUCUACCCCUCAAGGCUGCGAGUAAUUUCCCUCUCUUUCAAUGGGCGAAAGUCAAGUCGCAGACUCAGGGCACCGGCUACCCCAACGAAGCGCUGCACUUUGAUGUUGCAUGGGUCCUACAACUCAGGGUAUUGGAAAUACGAGA